AUGGGCAGGGGGGAUCGCGUGGGCAGAGGGGAUCGCGUGGGCAGGCGAAAGCACCUGGCUCACCUCCGCCUCGCUCACCUCCGCCUCUCUUAUCCUCCGCCUCUCUCACCCUCCGCCUCUCUCACCCUCCGCCUCUCUCACCCUCCGCCUCUCUCACCCUCCGCCUCUCUCACCCUCCGCCUCUCUCACCCUCCGCCUCUCUCACCCUCCGCCUCUCUCAUCCUCCGCCUCGCUCACCUCCGCCUCUCUCAUCCUCCGCCUCUCUCACCCUCCGCCUCUCUCACCCUCCGCCUCUCUCACCCUCCGCCUCUCUCACCCUCCGCCACUUCUCUGGCUCAGUGCCUUUCCCUGCUCUCUCCCCCCUUACAACCACUCUUCAUCUUCCCCCCCCUUCCGCCCUUCCGCUGGAGCGAAGAGGGGAUAUGGCAGAAUAAGCGAGGGGUGGAGGUGGAGGUACAGAAGGGCAUGUAUGGGAGGAGUGGACAAGGCAGAGGGGUGAGCAAAGGGGGAAAGGGAGUGAGCAGGGUGGAGAAGGGGGUGAGCAAAAGGGGAAAGAGAGUGAGCAGGGUGGAGAAGGGGGUGAGCAAAGGAGGAAGCAAGUAA